AUGGCGGCGACUUCACCGGGCAAUACGGUUCAAGUGGCACUGUCCCCACCGGUCUUCCUCCGCAAGCCGGAAAGCCUCUCCGGCACGUCCCUUCUCCUUUUUCUCUCCCUGCCUCCAGUGCUGGUCAAAUCUUGUAUCUUUAACAUCACAUCUCAUAAAUUUUGCGCGCUUUGCUCCUUUUCUUUCGUUUCUGCCGUUUCAGCUUCAAUCCAGAUCAGCAAAACCCAUACAUAUAUCAUCAACCUCCCUCCCUCUCCCUUUCUCUCUCCCCCUCCCAUCCCGAUGUAUACGAGUCUCGCUCGGUUGACCAGUGAUUCUACGUGGCUCGUCGUUGAACAGGUAUAGUCUCUCGAGUCAGCGUCUGGACGACGAACAGGAGGUACAUGUGUCAUGCAAUAUCUGAGAAGCCCCCCACCGCUGUCCAAAAAGGUUUCCUCUGAUACGCACUCUAUCGUCUUCUAUGAAGCUCGUAGAGAGGCGACGAUAAAUUUAUGAGUUUUAUUUUUAAUGUGCUUCUUUUGAUAUUCAAGUGUGCCGAACUGAUGACGAUGCUGCCACCGUCGCCGAGGGGACGCAAGUCAUGGUUUCCGUGGGCUACAACGGUAGCGAGUGUGGAAUACCGGUCGUCUUUACGCCGGAGGGGACGUCUGAAAGUGACGGGCAAGGUGAGAGUGCGGAGGAGAAAGGAGUGAACAAGAGGGUUGCCAAGAUCAAGGCGAUGCUGCGGUCGAUGAGCGAUGGGAAGAUCAGCAUAUCGGCGUAUGAUACGGCGUGGGUAGCUCUAGUUCCCAACCUCAGCGGCGCCGGCGGCCCCCAGUUCCCGUCGAGCCUUAAGUGGAUAGAGGAGAACCAGUUGCCGGACGGGUCGUGGGGGGAUGGCGAGCUCUUCAUCGCCCACGACCGCCUGAUGAACACCUUGGCCUGUGUGAUCGCCUUGAAGUCGUGGGGUGUCUGCCCAGACAGAAGCCAAAGAGGUCUCUCUCUCUCUCUCUCUCUCUCUACGCCGCUCACAUAUUGAACCAUGGAUAUAGAGACGCCGUCAUCUGUUCAACAAAUGGUUAAGUUUGACUUCCUCGACAGGGAUUUCAUUCCUCUGGGCGAACAUGAAGAGGCUCGAUGAGGAGGAUCUCGAGCUCAUGCCUAUUGGCUUCGAAGUGGCGUUCCCUUCCCUCGUGGAGAUGGCGAGGUCCUUGGAUUUGGAUGUCCCACUUGACUCCCCGGCCCUAGAAGAAAUAUACGCCAGGAAGUCUCUAAAGCUGAAAAGGUAUUGUCCUCCCCCCCGACAGUCAAGUAGGCGUCCACCAAUGACUAAUUCUCUUUCUCUCUCUCUCUCUCUCCCUCAUGUCAUUUAUUAGGAUCCCAAAGGAUCUGUUGCACGAAGUGCCAACCACGCUGCUGCACAGUCUGGAAGGGAUGGGAGGCCUGGAUUGGGAGAAGAUCCUCAGACUUCAGUGCGCCGACGGCUCCUUACUCUUCUCGCCGUCUUCCACUGCUUUUGCUCUCAUGUGCACGGGAGACAUCAAGUGCUUCGAUUAUCUGCAGAGGAUUGUGCGGAGGUUCAACGGGGGAGGUGGGCACCGAGCAGUUCCCCUUCGUCACAUCAUCCACCCACUUGGCUCCUUAGUCUUGUUUCUAUAAUUACCUUGCGGGCUUUCGCAGUGCCCAAUGUAUACCCCGUGGACCUUUUCGAACGCCUCUGGGCCGUCGACCGGUUGGAGAGACUGGGGAUCUCUCGAUACUUCCUCGAAGAGAUCCGCCGGUGCCUGGACUACGUCUACGAGUAAGAUUUCACCGCUUGGUCCUCUUUUCUCUACUCUCUUUGUCACGUAAAGACCUCCGUUCAUGAGAUCCGGCGGCGCUUCUUUUCUAGGUAUUGGACAUCUGACGGGAUCUCGUGGGCAAGGUCUUCCAGGGUCCAAGACGUGGAUGACACAUCGAUGGGCUUCCGUCUUCUCCGGCUCCAUGGAUACGACGUAUCACCCGGUAAUAGAAGAUUAUCGCCAUGCAAACCCCACGACACAUCUUUCUCGUGAGUUUUUCGUGCAUCUAUCUUCCCAUCAUGGCACGGAUAUCUUCACAACAUUCGUGGGUCUGGUUUAACUCAACUUCUCUCUCUCUCUCUCUCUCUCUCUCUCUCUCUCUCUCAUCCAUAAUUAGCUAUUCAACUGAGAGUUGGGGUAAUGUUUUCGGGGAUUCAAAUGCACGCAGAUGUCUUCCUGCAUUUCGAGAAGGACGGAGAGUUCUUCUGCCUCCCCGGCCAGUUGACCCAGGCCAUCACUGGCAUGUACAACCUGAACAGGGCCGCCCAGGUGUCUUAUCCCGGGGAGGAGAUUCUCCAGGUAGCGAAGAGCUUCUCAAACGAGUACCUCCGGGAGCGACGGGCACUCGACAAGCUCUCCGACAAGUGGAUAAUAACAAAAGACCUGCCGGGGGAGGUAUCCUCAACAGAACAUUGGCUUAUUCAGGCUCUCCGGGGCGUAGUCUACGGCCUUUUAGAAUAAGCUCCUGUUAUGCGUGAUGAUCUUCAUAAGUAAAUAGUCAACUUAGUGAUUUCAUCUGGCCGGCUUCCUUUUAUUUAAUUGUUUCAACGAGGUUUUUGCUUCGAUCGGGCAGGUUGGGUACGCCUUGGAGUUUCCCUGGUACGCCAGCCUCCCCCGCGUAGAGGCGAGAUUCUACCUCGAGCAGUACGGCGGAGACCAUGACGUCUGGAUCGGCAAGACACUCUACAGGUAA